GAAAACGAGAGUUAGCGCUUUAUCUUACUCGCGCUAAGUUUGGUAUUGGGUUUUGCAGGUUAGAAUCACAGGCAAUUGGGACCCUAGCUUUGCUUGCAGCAGGUGCUAUGACGGACUUCAUUGAAGCUGUUUCCAAUCCACUGGCCCCUAAUGGAUUUGUUGGGCAUGGAGACCUUUCCAACCAUAAACUAUCUAACAGUGAUUUUCGCAAAUUGUUAAUGACACCUAAGCCAUCGACACAACCAUCAAAAGCAGAUGAAACAAGUGAAACUGGAGCACGUGGUUUUACUCACCCUUCUGAUCGAUCAGAUCGUAAACGUCAGGAUUCUAGUCAGUCAACACAUCGUAGUAAGCAAAAAGUGGGCCACAAACGUCAUCAUGUACGCAGUAGGAAAGAAACUCAGAAAUCUGAAACUUCUGAGUCUAUACAUCGUUAUCGAGAUCGUGCAAAAGAACGACGUGAUGGGAAAAUUGCAGCACCGACGGAGGAAGCAGAAGAUGAGCGUGAGCUAGAAAACGAUGAUGAUACACUAACGCGUACAGCUGACUAUCGUGCUGUUGCACCGUCGUCUGCUGCUGGUGCUUCACACGCUGAACGUCGUAGAAUGCUUAUUCAAGAAUCAAAAUACCUUGGUGGUGAUAUGGAACAUACACAUUUAGUGAAAGGUCUUGAUUAUGUUCUACUGCAGAAAGUACGCUUGGAAAUUCAGAAUAAAGAAAUUGAAGCGGAACAAGCGCUCGAUGCAGAAUUAAAUAAACCAGAGAAAACUAAAGAUAGUACUGGAGAGGAAGGGAUCCAGUUUCGUACAAAUCUUGCAGCAAAUAUCUGUAACGUUUUAUUCAAUGAAAAUCUUCCAGAGCGUAACGAAUACUUCCAACCUGGCCGAAUGGCCUAUCGUAUUGAGCUAGAAGAUGAUUCUGUGGAUUUCGAAGUUCCUGCUACAGUUAUUCGUAGCAAAUCAGACUGUUUACAGGUUGAUGGUCGUGGGGCAGGUGGAAUAACUACAAAUGAAAUUGUUAUCAAUAAACUUACCCAAAUAUUAUCUUAUUUACGAGCUGGUAAAAGACAUGCAAAGAAAGCAAAACUUAAAGGACGUUUUGGUGAAAAGCCUGAGUUAGAAUAUGAAGAUGUUCGGCACUCACAUAUUAUAAAGAAAGUGGCUAAUACCGACAUAUUUGAAGGUGUUGGACGUGAAUAUCAGCCGACGACAAAGAAACAGACAAAGAAUGAUGAUGGAAUAGAUACACAUGAUGAUUCUAGAACAUCAAACAUCCGAAAUCGUCCACCCGUAUCUAAUACAUCUACCAAUGAAUCAUCGCAUCCACAGUCAUCCUAUUUUGAAGUCCCUCCCAAUGCUUCAAAUUCUGCAAAUACAAACAGUUCAAUAAAUGCUACAAAAGAAUUUAUGAAUGAAUUAAGUCAGCGUUUUGGAAUGAAAGAUGGUGAUAAGCAACAAGAAAAAGCAAGUCUUGAACGAUUCUUUGCUAAAACUCAAGUCACCUGUUACGAUGAGUGUUAUCCUGGUUUUGCUGAAUCGUAUGAUGCUAUGGGUGAUUCAGACGAUGAAGCGGACUUCAGUAAAAUGGAUUUGGGGAACAAGAAAGGGCCUGUUGGUCGAUGGGAUUUCGAAACACAAGAAGAAUACAGUGAUUAUAUGUCAAAUAAAGAAGCCUUACCAAAAGCUGCAUUUCAGUAUGGUGUAAAAAUGGCUGAUGGCCGACGUACACGUCGUAUUGGACCAAAAGAUGAAAAAGCUGAACUUGACCGUCAGCUACAAAAAAUUCAAUCCAUUAUUCAGAAACGAAAACAACUAGCUGAAGAUGGUGGUCCAGUAGUUAAAAAUCCACGAUUUUGAAAUUAAAAUACUUUUGCUUUUGUUUCAUUCUAAUGUACACAGAAACUAACUUAUGCAUUCUAUAUUUCAGCUGUUUUUCCUUCUUUUUUUCUUACAUUACAUGUAUAUCGUUUAAUGAGUCUUUUAUGACUAAUAAGUAGUAGCUAGUCUUGUGCUAACUUCUCUUUAGAUAUGCUUAUGCGCAGCUGCUUUAAUUUUGUUUGAAAGUUCAAUACUUUUCACUGCAAUCCGAUGAACCCCAGUGAAACACAAAUGGUUUCACUUUACGUCUAUAUGAUGUGAUAUUUUAUAUAAAAUGGAUAUUUAUUUCACUAUUUUAUUUAGGUGAACGUAUGUCUGCAAACCCCUUAUCCUUUAAAUACCUCCAUUCAAGUUAAUGCAGGCCAAAUUCGACUAUCCUUGAGAAAGGAGAGAAUUAGGUUACAGUAACGUUUUUGAUAUUUAAGCACGGCAAAUGAAGUGUUUUUUCAUU